CGCAGGCGCAGUCGCGGGCGGUGAGGUCGGCGGCGCUGGCGAAUCGCGCCGGGGAUGUAGAGCCGGCGGAGCUGACGGCGCGGCUGACGCAGCUCUGGGUGGGGUGGCGAGCAGGGGGCGGUAGUCGGGCGGCGGGAGAAGGAGGCGGCGGCGAAUCACUUAUAAAUGGCGCCCAAGCAGGACCCGAAGCCUAAAUUCCAGGAGGGUGAGCGAGUGCUGUGUUUUCAUGGGCCUCUUCUUUAUGAAGCAAAGUGUGUAAAGGUUGCCAUAAAGGACAAACAAGUGAAAUACUUUAUACAUUACAGUGGUUGGAAUAAAAAAAGUGCUGUGAGGCCCAGGCGCUCUGAAAACACUUUGAAGACACGUGAGGAUAUUGUAGCCCUUUUUCCUGUUCCUGAAGGAGCUCCCUCAGUACACCACCCCCUCCUGACCUCUAGUUGGGAUGAAUGGGUUCCAGAAAGCAGAGUGCUCAAAUAUGUAGACACCAAUCUGCAGAAACAGCGAGAACUUCAAAAAGCUAAUCAGGAGCAGUAUGCAGAGGGGAAGAUGAGAGGGGCUGCCCCAGGAAAGAAGACAUCUGGCCUCCAACAGAAAAAUGUCGAAGUGAAAACAAAAAAGAACAAACAGAAAGCUCCUGGGAAUGGAGAUGGAGGCAGUACCAGUGAGACACCUCAGCCUCCUCGGAAGAAAAGAGCUCGAGUAGAUCCCACAGUUGAAAAUGAGGAGACUUUCAUGAACAGAGUUGAAGUUAAAGUAAAAAUUCCUGAAGAACUAAAACCAUGGCUGGUUGAUGACUGGGACUUAAUUACUCGACAGAAGCAGCUUUUCUAUCUCCCUGCCAAAAAGAAUGUGGAUUCCAUUCUAGAGGAUUAUGCAAAUUACAAGAAAUCUCGUGGAAACACAGAUAAUAAGGAGUACGCGGUCAACGAAGUUGUGGCGGGGAUCAAAGAGUACUUCAAUGUGAUGUUGGGCACUCAGCUCCUGUACAAGUUUGAGAGACCGCAGUACGCUGAGAUCCUGGCAGACCACCCUGAUGCCCCCAUGUCCCAGGUGUAUGGGGCACCGCACCUGCUGAGAUUGUUUGUAAGAAUUGGAGCUAUGUUGGCCUAUACGCCCCUGGAUGAGAAGAGCCUUGCUUUAUUACUGAAUUACCUUCAUGAUUUUCUAAAGUACUUGGCGAAGAAUUCCGCAACUCUGUUUAGUGCCAGCGAUUAUGAAGUGGCACCUCCCGAGUACCACCGGAAAGCAGUGUGAGGCGCAGACACACUCACGUUGUUUGGAUCUCUGUAACACACUUCUGUUCUUAGUCCUCUUGUACACUUGUUGUACUUUGAAAACGUUGAUGUAUAACAAUAUUGAUGUUUGUUUUCUGUUUGAGUUUAAACUCAGAAAAUAAAAGGGGUUAUAGCUCCCUUUUCUCUUUUUUUAAAAAAUUUCAAAGUUGCUACCAGUGUAUUCAGUGAUGGACGACGCAGAGAUACACCCUAGUGUUUCAUUGCCUGGUUGACAAAGCUGCUUGUGAAUGCUGGUGGUCCUAUUCCUUUGACACUACGCACUUUGAUAUUAUGUGUUAAUGCUCUGUGACAAAUGCUCUGCUAGUGCCAAAGGUUCGAUUUCAGUGUAUAUACCUGAACACUUGCGCCCACUUGUGCUCCCCCUUUUUUUUAACGGUGCUUAACGAGCCCACCCUUUGCAGGUUAUCCAUGGUGUUCCUUAGGCAUCUUCCCCUGGCUCGGAUUGUAGAACAGUGGCUUGUUUCAUUGUGUUUGUGUUUGUGUCAAUGCACGUUUGCCAUGGUAGACGCAAUGCCUUGUGUAGCUGCAGUUUUCUGGAAAAGUCAAUCUUUUAGGAAUUGUUUUUCAGAUCUUCAAUAAAUUUUCUUUAAGUUUCAAAGAGCA